GUUAUUAAUCAUCGUCAUGCAUGUUAGCCGGUAGGGAAGUUAGGAGAGCCCAAUCUGGAGAGGCUGUCGCCGUUAGGGGCGGUUGCCUAUAUUUCAUAAAUUUAAAUUAUUGCCUGUUUCUCCAAUUCAAUUAAACGUAGGUAAAUGUGAGAUCUGGGGAAAAAACAACGGUUUUCCCCAAACGCCCGCAAGAUCCCCCAUGUCACUACUCCGCUCUUUUAAAGAAACACUAAAACCCUGUUGCAAUUCAUCCUCAUUUUCACAACCUUCCUUAUCCCAACAACCACCUCUACCAUCUGUAAUAAACCAGAGGAAACCCCCCAAAUCUUCGCUUUCGCGCCAGCUUCAACGCCUUGAACACGACUAUCUCCCUUCUACACAGGAGUGCCAUUUCGGAAACCCUAAAUUCUCCUUGCCCCAACUCAAAAACGAUGCUCAUAUGCAUGGACAACAAGACGACGAUGACCACCAAGAAGAGGCUGAGGAGGAAGAAGUAAAAGAAUUUGGGAGAGCCGAAUUGGGUCGGGUUCAGUUUGAGGAUACGGGUCCUUACGAGCCGUUGGUAUUGUCUUCCGAUGGAGAAUUUCCAAUUAUACAGGUGCCUGCAUAUAUUAACUGUCGGUUGCUUGCCCAUCAAAGAGAGGGAGUCAAGUUUUUAUACAUGUUAUACAAGAGCAACCAUGGGGGCAUUCUUGGUGAUGAUAUGGGACUUGGCAAGACAAUCCAGACAAUCGCAUUUCUCGCUGCUGUAUAUGGAAAAGACGAGGAAUAUGGUGACUCCAGAGUACUGAAGGAAAACCAGCUUGGACAGAAAGGACCUGUAUUAAUAAUCUGUCCCACUUCUGUCAUCUGCAAUUGGAAGUGUGAAUUCUCCAGAUGGGCACCCUUUAAUGUCUCUCUUUACCAUGGGUCAAGCUGUGAACUCAUUCUUGAGAAGCUACAAGCUAAUGGAGUUGAAGUUCUGGUUACCAGUUUUGACACAUUCAGAAUUCAUGGAAAUCUUUUGUCAGAGAUCAAGUGGGAGAUUGUGGUCGUUGAUGAAGCCCACCGCCUGAAAAAUGAAAAAUCAAAAUUCUAUUCAGCAUGUUUAGAAAUUAAGACUCGCAGACGUAUUGGUCUUACAGGAACCAUCAUGCAGAACAAAAUUAUGGAACUCUUUAAUCUCUUUGACUGGGCUGCUCCUGGAUCCUUGGGAACAAGGGAACAUUUUCGGGAGUUUUAUGAUGAACCCCUCAAACAUGGCCAGAGGGCAACUGCUCCUGAAAGAUUUGUUCGGGUUGCUGGUGAGCGUAAACAGCACCUGGUUGCAGUCCUUCAUAAAUAUAUGUUAAGAAGGACGAAAGAGGAGACUAUAGGACAACUUAUGUUGGGAAAGGAAGAUAAUGUUGUCUUUUGCGCCAUGAGUGAAUUGCAAAAACGGGUAUAUCAGAGAAUGUUGCAGCUGCCAGACGUUCAAUGUCUUAUUAACAAGGACCUGCCUUGUAGCUGUGGAAGCCCUCUUGCCCAAGUAGAAUGUUGCAAGAGGAUUGUGCCUAAAGGAAUUAUAUGGCCUUACCUUCACAGGGGCAGCCCAGAGGGUUGUGAUUCAUGCCCUUUCUGCCUUGUCCUUCCUUGCCUUGUCAAGCUGCAACAGAUUAGCAAUCACUUGGAGCUUAUUAAGCCUAAUCCUAGGGAUGAACCAGAUAAACAAAGAAAAGAUGCAGAAUUUGCCUCUGCUGUCUUUGGUCCAGAUAUUGAUAUAGUGGGAGGGAAUGCCCCAAGUAAAAGCUUUAUGGAUUUAAGUGACACUAGAUAUUGUGGAAAGAUGAGGGCCUUGGAAAAGUUAAUGUCCUCAUGGGCGUUGAUGGGUGACAAAAUCCUUCUUUUUAGCUACUCUGUCAGGAUGCUUGAUAUAUUGGAGAAGUUUCUUAUACGGAAAGGCUUUUGCUUUUCAAGACUUGAUGGAUCUACUCCUACUAAUAUGCGCCAAUCUCUUGUUGACGAGUUUAACUCAAGUCCAAGCAAACAAGUGUUCCUUAUAUCAACCCGAGCUGGUGGACUUGGAUUGAAUCUUGUAAGUGCUAAUCGUGUUGUUAUAUUUGAUCCAAAUUGGAACCCUGCCCAAGAUUUACAGGCCCAGGACAGAUCAUUUCGUUUUGGACAGAGGCGGCAUGUUGUGGUUUUCCGCCUUCUUGCAGCUGGUUCCCUUGAAGAACUUGUAUAUUCACGUCAGGUGUAUAAACAGCAGCUGUCGAACAUUGCUGUAUCUGGGAAAAUGGAAAAAAGAUACUUUGAAGGCGUUCAGGACUGCAAGGAAUUUCAAGGCGAGCUUUUUGGAAUCUGCAAUCUGUUUCGCGAUCUUUCAGAUAAGCUUUUCACAAGUGAAAUUCUUGAAUUACAUGAAAAGCAAGGGCAACAGCACACAGAACACCAUAGUGAUAAGCAGGAGCUAACCAGUCUAGGCUCCCUUCCAACUCCGGCAGAAGGAAGUGAAACAUUUUCUUCAGUGUCCAAGAAUUUGCAUCCUAGUGACAUAGAGAUUGCUGCUACUGAUAAACCAGUUCUUGAGGACUUAGGUAUCUUGUAUGCCCAUCGUAAUGAAGAUAUUGUCAACAGUAGACCUGGGAUACAACAGAAAAUAAUAGUCCUUACUGGCGAUAAUAACCCGAGAAUAGACACAAAUGCUUCAUGGAAGAGGAAAACAGAUGGGGAGGAAAAUGUUGUCUCAACCAGAGACAGGAAAAAGAUUCAGUAUGGUCGGCUGGCGCAGUUGAAGGGCAUGGGAGUGGUUGAGUUUAGUAAGUGGGUACUCUCUGCAACUCCUUCAGAUAGGGAGAGUUUGCUUCGGAACUACAAAAGAAGAAAAAAGGAGGCAUGAAAUGAUUGAACUGAGUGUUGGUAAGCCCAAUCACGAACUUGUAAAGAAACAGAUUGUCCAAACUCUGGAUUUCUUUUAACCCUUUUUUAAGUGAUAGGUCUAACCCGAUCUGUGUAUAGUACAUCCGAAGUUUUUAGAAUAUGAACCCAGGUUUAAUCUAAUUAGUUCAUAUAGCCACCCUUUAAUUGGUGAUAUCUACUAAGUUUGGGACUCAAAUCCCAAUAUCUGUUGUCUUCGUUGUGCAUUAAAGAAUAGGUUUAGAAACGGCAGGGCUAGUUGUACAACUGGCGUGGCCAACAAGAAUGUAGAUGUAUAUUAUGUUGAAUAAUGUAUUUACUUCACCUGCAAUUUUUCCAUCACAUGCUGCUUUUAUUA